AUCCCUCUGCUGAAGAAAAAGCCCGUUCUAGUUUGGGGAGCCCGUCUUUCCAUUCUUUUUUUCUUCUUCUCUUAAUUUGUCCUUUUGCGCAACUCUCCGCUCCUGUUGUUAUUCAUCCCCUGCUCUUUGAGCUGAAAGUCAAUAUGUUGGCCUCCCGUCAGCUCUUGGGCGUUGCCCGGAGCCGUGCCGCCGCUGGCCUCGGCCGCCGGUGCAUGGCUACCGCCACCGAGAACCCCCUCGACCGCAAGGUCAAGCAGAACCUUCUUGAGGAGGGUAACUUCAUCAACUACAAGAAGAUGUCCGAGAACCUCGCCGUUGUCCGCAGCCGUCUCAACCGCCCCCUCACCUACGCUGAGAAGAUCCUCUACUCUCACUUGGACAACCCCCAUGAGCAGGACAUUGAGCGCGGUGUUUCUUACCUCCGCCUCCGCCCCGACCGCGUUGCCUGCCAGGAUGCCACCGCCCAGAUGGCCAUCCUCCAAUUCAUGUCCGCUGGCAUGCCCUCGGUUGCCAACCCCACCACCGUCCACUGCGACCACUUGAUUGAGGCCCAGGUUGGUGGUGAGAAGGAUCUCGAGCGCGCCAUCAACAUCAACAAGGAGGUCUACGACUUCCUUGCCUCCGCCUGCGCCAAGUACAACAUUGGUUUCUGGAAGCCCGGCUCUGGUAUCAUCCACCAGAUCAUCCUCGAGAACUACGCUUUCCCCGGUGGUCUCCUCAUCGGCACUGACUCCCACACUCCCAACGCCGCCGGUCUCGGUAUGGCCGCCAUUGGUGUCGGUGGUGCCGAUGCCGUCGAUGUCAUGGCCAACCUCCCCUGGGAGCUCAAGGCCCCCAAGGUCAUUGGUGUCAAGCUCACCGGUGCUCUUAACGGCUGGACUACCCCCAAGGACGUCAUUCUCAAGCUCGCUGGUAUCCUCACUGUCAAGGGUGGCACUGGCUCUAUCGUCGAGUACUAUGGCGAAGGAGCGUCUUCCAUGUCCGCCACUGGCAAGGCUACUUGCGGCAACAUGGGUGCUGAGAUUGGUGCCACUACCUCCGUCUUCCCCUACGACAAGGCCAUGUUCGACUACCUGGUCGCCACCAAGCGUUCCGACAUCGCCGAGUUCGCCAAGACUUACCAGAAGGAGCUCCAGGCCGAUGAGGGUGCGGAGUACGACCAGCACAUCGAGAUCAACCUGAACGAGCUCGAGCCUCACAUCAACGGUCCCUUCACUCCUGAUCUUGCCACCCCCAUCUCCAAGUUCGCCCAGGCCGCCAAGGAGAACAACUGGCCCGAGGAGCUCAAGGUCGGUCUUAUCGGCUCUUGCACCAACUCCUCUUACGAGGAUAUGACCCGCGCUGCCUCCAUCGCCCGCGAUGCCCUCGACCACGGCCUCAAGGCCAAGGCUGCUUUCGUCGUCACCCCCGGCUCUGAGCAGAUUCGCGCCACCAUUGCCCGCGACGGCCAGCUCCAGACCUUUGAGGAGUUUGGCGGCACCGUCCUCGCCAACGCCUGCGGUCCUUGCAUUGGUCAGUGGGAUCGCCGCGACACCCCCAAGGGCACCCCCAACUCCAUUCUCAGCUCCUACAACCGUAACUUCACUGGCCGUAACGAUGGCAACCCCGCCACCCACUCCUUCGUUACCUCCCCCGACCUUGUCGUCGCCAUGUCCAUCGCCGGCUCUCUCUACUUCAACCCCUUGACCGAUAGCCUCAAGGACAAGGACGGCAAGGAGUUCAAGCUCCAGGCCCCCACUGGUGCUGGUCUCCCCGACCGUGGCUACGACCCCGGCCAGAACACCUACCAGGCCCCUCCUGCCGACCGCGCCACUGUUCAGGUUCAGGUCUCCCCCACCUCUGACCGUCUUCAGGUCCUCUCCCCCUUCAACGCCUGGAACGGCAAGGACGCCACCGACAUGCCCAUCCUCAUCAAGGCCCAGGGCAAGACCACCACUGACCACAUCUCCAUGGCCGGUCCUUGGCUCAAGUACCGUGGUCACCUUGACAACAUCUCCAACAACAUGUUGAUCGGUGCCAUCAACGCCGCCAACGGUGAGGCCAACAAGGUCCAGAACUUCACCACUGGUGAGUGGGAUGCCGUCCCCGCUGUUGCCCGUGACUACAAGGCCAAGGGUAUCCCCUGGGUUGUUAUCGGUGACUGGAACUACGGUGAGGGCUCUUCCCGUGAGCACGCUGCUCUCGAGCCCCGUCACCUUGGCGGUCUCGCCAUCAUCACCCGCUCCUUCGCUCGUAUCCACGAGACCAACCUGAAGAAGCAGGGUAUGCUUCCCCUCACCUUCGCCGACCCCGCCGACUACGACAAGAUCAGCCCCGAGGACAAGGUUGACAUCCUCUGCACUGAGCUCGCCGUUGGCAAGCCCAUCACCAUGCGUGUCCACCCCAAGAACGGCAAGGACUUCGACAUCAAGCUCAACCACACCUUCAACGACGCCCAGAUUGAGUGGUUCAAGAACGGCUCUGCCCUCAACACCAUGGCCAAGAACGCCAAGAACUAAGCAGUAAAAUAUGCAUAAAAAUAAUCAAAAUGAGAAUGACAAGAGGGACGAGUAAGGACGGGACUCUAAGGGAAAGUCGGGAUGGACGGGCGGCUUUCAGGGAUUUUUCAACUCGGAUCGGCGUAAUACGCAGACAUCGCGCUUUUUCUUGUUUGUAUGUAUACAGUCAUGGCCCUUGCGUUUCAAUUGAUUUCUGUGAAAUUCCCCA